AUGGAUCUCCUCCCACAUCUCCUAGCACUUUCAGGGCUUUUAGCUUUGUUUUUACUCUACAAACAAUGGAGACCAAGGGUUGAUGCCAAUCCAAGAAGCAAGGCCGUAUCACCCCCAGAAGCCGCAGGUGGCUGGCCUGUCAUAGGCCACCUUCUUCAACUGAGUCCCAAUGUCCCAAUUGCAAGAAAUUUAGGAGCCAUGGCUGAUAAAUACGGUCCUGUCUUCAGCCUUCGUCUAGGAAUGAGGCAAACUCUGGUGGUAAGCAGCUGGGAAGCUGUUAAAGAAUGCUUUACCACAAAUGACAAGGCCUUUUCUUAUCGACCACCUUCUAGUUUCAAUGAAUACGUUGGAUACAAUUAUGCAGCCAUCGGAUUUGCACCAUACGGUCCUUAUUGGCGCGAGAUAAGAAAGAUUGUUAUGCUUGAACUGCUUUCGAAUCGGAGGCUUGAAAGACUCAAGCAUGUGAGGAUAUCUGAGAUAGAAAACAACAUCAAAGUUUUGUUCGAUGGUUGGAUAAGUAGCAGCAAUGAUCCUCCAGCAAAAGUGAAUAUGGGGAAGUGGUUUGAGGAUCUGUUCUUGAACAUAAUGGUGAGGAAGAUUUCUGGGACGAGAUAUACUGACUCUGAAGUGGGCUCAAAAAGAAAUGCUCAAUUUAGAAGAGUCGUUAAGGAAUUUGUACAUUUUUUGGGACAAUUUGUUGUGUCAGAUGUGAUUCCAUUUCCACUAUUGAAGUGGAUUGAUAUGCAGGGACAUCUGAAGUCCAUCAAGCGUGUCUCUAAAGAGCUUGACAGUAUCAUUCAGAUUUGGAUUGAUGAGCAUAAUGAAAGAAGGAUGAAGAUUAGUGAGCAAGGGGAUGAGCAACAAGACUUCAUUGAUGCAUUGCUUUCAGUAACUAAAGAUGAGUACUUAUUUGGACACUCGAGGGAGACUGUAAUCAAGGCCACACUAAUGAGUCUUGUAAUAGCAGCAUUUGAAACCACAUCAAUUCACUUAACAUGGACCUUAUCCUUGCUCUUGAACAAUAAGCAUGUUAUGAGGCAAGCGCAGGAAGAGAUAGAUUCAAAUGUUGGCAAAGAGAGGUGGGCAGAAGAAUCUGAUAUCAAUAAUUUAGUAUAUCUUCAAGCUAUAGUGAAAGAAUCAAUACGAUUAUAUCCACCAGCCCCUCUAUCAUUGCCACGCCAAGCCAUGGAAGACUGUAAUGUGAGUGGUUACCACAUUUCCAUGGGGACACAGUUAUUUGUGAAUGUGUGGAAGCUACAACGUGAUCCAAGAAUUUGGUCAGAGCCAGAUCAGUUUCUGCCGGAGAGAUUCUUGAAAGGUGAAGUCGAUUUUUCUGGAAAGAAUUUUGAGUUCAGCUUCACCCCUUUUGGCUCUGGUAGACGAUCUUGUCCUGGAAUACCAUUGGCAACACAAGUGACACACCUGACACUUGCUCGGCUGCUUCAAGGUUUUGAUUUGACCACACCAUCAGACUUACCUGUGGACAUGACUGAAGACACAAGUAUUAGCAUGGGUAAGGCCACUCCUUUGGAAGUAGUAAUCUUGCCCCGCCUUCCAAAUCAUGACCUUUAUGGAUAG